AUGGUCUUCUACGAACCAGGCAAGACAUCUCAUGGCCUACCUCGAGACCCAUUCAAGUCAUGUGUGACCCCUCGACCCAUUGGCUGGAUAUCCUCAAAGUCGAAGAAAGGGGUUGAUAAUCUGGMACCAUAUUCUCAAUUCAACAAUCUCAGUUUCGACCCUCCAUAUGUCAUGUUCUCUUCCAACCAGGACCCAAACCAGCAACGAAAGGAUACAGUCAACAACGCAGAAWCCACAGGCGAGUUUGUAUGGAACAUGGCGACUUGGAAUCUCCGAGAAGCCGUGAAUUUGAGCGCCCAGUGGUUCGCCGAGGAAAUUGACGAAUUCGAGCAAUGCGGCUUGGAGAAGCAGCAGGCCAGUCUUGUCAACGUUCCCAUGGUCAAGGACUCUCCAAUUAAAUUCGAAUGCAAGCACUACUCAACAAUGAGACUACCCGGCAAUCCUCCGAUGGGCAGUGUAGAUGUCGUGAUAGGGAGGGUCGUUGGGAUCCACAUCGAUCCUUCGAUUCUGACGGACGGUCUGAUCGAUCUUGGAAAGGCAAUGCCAAUUGCGAGGUGCGGCUACUAUCAGUACGCGGUUGUGAAGCCCGAGUCGCUGUUUGAAAUGAUUAUUCCAGGUGAUCCGAAGUUACUCGUGGGGUUGGAGGGCAAUACGGAGCAGCAGAAGAAUAUGGAUUCCACAAACAUUGAGAAGGAUCAAGGUAUAAAGUGA